AUGCAGCAGAGAAAAUCCACAUAUGGAAGGCCUACUGGAACGAACGGUUUCGAUUUCUCCUACCAGAUGGUUGUUGAAUCUAGGUAUCAAAGAGUAGCUGAAGGAAAGUCUCGCCUCUCUAAGCUAAUUUUUGUUCAGAAAUUUCAUCAAGUAGCUGCUUCAUGUAUUGGGAGUCUUGUAGCUAUGAUUUUGUUUCCCAUACUUAUGUAUUCUUUCCAAAUGGGUGCAACUGGUGCAGCAAUUUCCACAGUUGUGUCUCAAUAUGUUGUCACCUUCUUAAUGCUAUGGUUUCUAAAUAAGAGAGCAAUACUACUGCCUCCGGAGAUGGGAUCAUUACAAUUUGGAGGAUACAUAAAAUCUGGUGGUUUUCUUCUUGGAAGAACUCUUGCUGUUCUAACAACCAUGACUUUGGGGACAUCAAUGGCUGCUCGUCAAGGCCCGGUUGCAAUGGCUGCUCAUCAGAUAUGCAUACAAGUAUGGUUGGCUGUUUCGCUUCUGGUUGAUGCCCUGGGUGCAUCUGCACAGGCUUUGACUGCAAGUUAUAUGUCUAAAGGUGACUAUAAGACAGUGAAGGAAAUUGCUCACUAUGUGCUGAAGAUUUUUGAAUGUCUUACCCAUUGA